GCAAAUAAACACGGACUCAAAAUGAGUCUACAGUUUAUAUUUCAUUUGUUGAUUCUAGUUCAAGCUGAAGGGACGAACCUUGCGCCCUUGCUUCUUGCAACGUGUACCAGAUCAGAUAAAUAAACAGAUAAACAUGCAUGGUUUCGUCAUCACUCAAACUCCACAUAUUCUUGGUGGAACUGUUUUUCUGCUAGUCUUCGUCGCGUUUAUUUCACAGGCGACUGGACAUGAGGCGAACGAAUGUGACAGCGAUAAUACAUGUUGGUAUGUUGAACAAGGGAUGAAAACAGUCAGCGUUCGAUCAUGGCGUUGUGCAUGGCUUUGGAAAUGCUGGACGUACAAAGUCUCAACCAGACAUUCUAAGCCAGUUUGCCGCUGCUGCCCGGGAUGGGAAGGUGACGCUAAAGAUUGUACACGCUGUCCCGAUGGCCAAUUUGGUUAUGAAUGUAGUAGAACAUGUGAAUGUACUGACGGUGACUUGACCCAGUGUGAUCCACGGAGUGGUGCAUGCUUCAAAGAAGCAUCGUUUCAGGAAAUAGACGACACAAGCUGCAGCAGUAGUAUGAAUUGUACCAACGCACAAAUGUGUAACCCACAAAAUAACACAUGUGAUUGUCCUGCUAUGUGGAGAGGAGAAAAAUGCAACAUUCACUCGAUAUGUCCAGAUGGAUUUUACGGGGAGCUUUGUGGCCGUGAAUGUCAAUGCAACGACGGAACAUCACAAUGUGACCCGUUGACAGGGAAGUGUAUGUGUUACGGAGGCUGGAUGGGACUUACAUGCAAUGAGACAUGCCCGCAGGGGUCCUAUGGAGAGAGCUGCUCCAUGGUGUGUGAGUGCCCAGCUAGUGCAUUAGAGUGCGAUCCAGUUAGCGGUGACUGCCUCUGCCAGGCUGGGUACUUUGGUUCAAGCUGUUCGUCCGAAUGUCCCGACGGCCGUUUCGGUCCGAGUUGUCAGUCUCCAUGCACGUGUGACAACUCUACUGAGACAUGCAACAGGAUCAACGGGACUUGCAUAGACAAAGAUAAUUCGGAAGUGACUGCAAAUGAUAAUUACCCUUUACCAAACUCAUCAGCUGGUCCAGUGGUAGUUGCCGUCAUUGCCAGCGCCCUCAUUGUUGCUCUUCUUGUCUUCGUUAUUUUGUUUCUAAGAAGAUCGAAACAAUCCACUCAAACAAGGGCCACACUUGUGAAGAAUGAUCCUGGGAUAGUCCAAAAUCCGUGCUAUGCCAAUCCCAUAGAUGAAGGUGACAUGGUGACGUCAAGCUCACCUAUGCCUAUCCAACAUUUCGUCGUUGGGGGCGCUACCUACGCCGUGCCCGAUAGCGCAACUGGAGAUUCUUCAGGUUGCAACGUGGGGGGCUUUGAAGAAAGCUACAGCCACCUUCAACCUACGACUGUUUACAGCAUCAAUCCCUAUCAAUCUAGAGAUCAAAAUGACUACAGUCACCUGACCAGAGAUGAUCGACAGUUGCAGGCGAAACACCCUCCACCAACUGACAUCUCAAAUGACGCGCGUUACGCAGAGACCACCCGCGUCAUCCAAUCCAAACCGAAUGAGUAUGACAACCUCAAUCGUGGGGUCAAACAUCCUGGUGGCGUCAAGUACGAGGUUGUAAUCUAAAGCAAAUAAUUAUGACUUUUCAAUUUUUAUUAGGCCGCAUAACAACUUUUCUCGUAAAAGCCAACAGAAAGCUGGUCAACCAUCUUAAUGGGUAGUAGAACAAAAAUAUUAAGUUUGGUCAAAGUGUAGUCUGUAUUACCUAAAAUAUAGAACUUUUUUUUUUUUUUUUUUUUUUUUUUUUUUAUUGUACAUGUAUAUUAAAAAAGUACGACAACGCAAAUCAUAAUUAGCCGAUUCGACCCGAAAAUAUAAAUUAAAGUUAUACAAAACUAUUUCUAUAGAUUCCAGAAAGUUGUUAAGCUGUCAUUUAAGAUAUUGUGCACAAUUGCCGCCAAUGAUGAGUGGUCGCUGCUAUUGUUAUUAUUAAAAAAAACUCGUUAUCUUGCGAUCAGUAUGCGCAAACAAUUGCGUAUACAUGUACACUGUACAUAUACAUACAUGUACAUGUAUUUUGUGCAUUUGCCGGUAUAGUAUGAAAGUGUUUGUACGUACCCUCAAAAUGAUCUGUCUGCAACUCGGAGUAAAAUAAAAGAGAUAUUCUACCGGCUUAGUGCUGAUCCGGAUUAGUAUUAAUUCGGUCAUCGGGCCUAACCAAGGAGGUGUUUCAGCAUGUUUUUGAUCGUGUACUGUCAGCAUGACUUUUUGAAAGGGAUCAUUUGUUUAAUCUAGCAACAUUAAUUCCCCUUUGACACCGAACCACCCGGCAUUAUCGGUAACAAGUUUCCACUGAUUCUUACAAGGAACUGCGUGUUGUUGCUGGACUCGUUCUCAUUAUUUCACUUCGCGUAAAGUAGUUUUAAUUAAUAGAUACACUACUAAAUAGAAAAUAAAACAAUUUAAGCGGUCGUCGUUAUUAGUUUGUAGAA